UUGAGCAAUGUCCCAUAAAGCGGACGGCCUGUAGUUGGAGUUUCGAGUCGGAGUUUCGAGUUUGGCGCGCAAUGUGCGGCACCAGCAAAAGUAAAAGCAGAAGAAGAAGGAAACACAUGGGCCCACAAGUUAUGUUUUAUUUUUAAUCUUUUGGGAGAGUCUUCGGUCUUGGUUCUUGGGUCUCCAAAACAAAACCGUAAGAGAGCCGUGCCACAUAUAAAAUGACGUGGUGGGCGAGCGGCUAGGGACAGUCUUUGGCCGCAGCCCGACGCGCUCGCAUAUCGGAGAUAUAGUAUAAUACCAGACCAAAGACCAACCUCGAUGGGCGUCAUCUACAAGAUACUGAAGCAGCAACGCAGCAUGGAUCUCAGCCUGAGCUCGGCCACCAGGUGCAAGGUGCAGGCGGCCAUCAAGCAGCGCCAGAGGCAGCGUCGCCUGGAGGAUCAACUGGUGCAGGAACAGGAUCAGGAUCAGGAGCAGGAUCAAGAUCAGCACACCAAUCCCAUCGAUAAGGAUAAGGAGGAGCUGGCGGAGCAGCAACUGCAGCAGCUCUGCCGAUUUCUGGCCGAGAAUGCGGCACGCAAGAAGCGCCAACGUUUCAAGCUGCAAUAUCAAUGCAAUAUGGCUGCCGAUCAGAUGGACGACCAGGAGCAGGACCAUCGGAAGAAGGAUCACUUUCCAACGCCGCCCAACGAAAUGGAUAUGGAGUUCAUAGAGCAGCUCCAGCAAUCCUCCUCCUCCUCGCCUGCCACUGCCGCCAGUUCAGCUGGGACGGCGCCACGUGAUAGCAUCCUGCUGAAAAUUCGCCACCAGAUCUUCGAGAGAAAGCGACAGAGGCAGCGCCAGUUGGCCGAGCUCGUCCAGCAGCGACUGGUGGUGUGGCGACCUUGGUAGGGGGUGGACUCCCCCCCACCUCUCCGAAGUCAGAGAGAGAGAGA